UCAAAGUUCACUAUAUAGAGAGCUCAGUGAGCUGAUCAGAGAGAAAGCAUUCUGCCAGCCCGGCUCCUACCAAUCGCAAAUCACUUCCUAACCUCCGCCUUUUUAACAUAUUUGAUCACUUUGAUUCUCGACUCCCUUUUCCUAUUAUUUUUCAGUGUACGAAGGAGGUUUGUAGGUUGUGAUCUUUGUUUUUGUGGUUUUUGUUUUUUAGUGCUUUCGCUUUUUUGUGGAGAGUUGUCUUCAUAUUCCAGGCUCUCCAAAAACAUUGGCUUCAGCUGCGCGCUUGCUGGCGCUACCUCACAAUAAGAAAAGGAAGAAGACGCAUUUUUUUUUACCCAGUUGGUGAUUUUCUUCAAGACUUGUGCUGGAACUUGAUAGUAGCUGCUUCAGUGUGCUCACCAAUUGUUUUAUGCUGCUGCAGGCACGGUCUUACCAACCAGCUGCUCCAUCAUUCACUGAAUAGUCCAUGCUACCUCGGUUGAUUAUUUUAAUAUUUAGCCUACAUUUCCCAUUGAUGGGUGUACUGGAUGGCUGACUGUAAGCGCCCCUGGACUUGGCCUUUAAGCGCAAGGCAGCGACUCAGCUCGCCAUCGCAUCAGUUUUGAAAACGUGCUUCGUAACAGCAUAAAUCGACAGUUUUCGGGAGAUUCUGAUUGGAUUCAACGUAGGCUAGAUUUGACAUUUUGUGUGUCCAGCUGUUAAUCACAGUUUACCGCGUUUCCUUGAGACGUUAUUCACCGCGACACCAAAACGGCAGACAAAAAGUUUCUUUACGUUGACUGAUAGAUAUGGCAAUGGUAGUGUGGAGAGGCUCCCAGGACGAUGUGGCUGACACCCAAGGCACCCUUUCCUCGCAAACCCAAGGAGGACUAUCCCUUCCCACCCCUCAACCAGGCCAGUUGAAUCUGACAGCCUCUCAGGUUGCCCCACCGACCCCUCAGACUCCGGUCCAAGGACCCCCGAACAACACACAGUCCACGCCGACGAACCAGACGACGCAGCAGUCGGAGAAACAGUCACAGCACAUUGAAUGUGUGGUCUGUGGGGAUAAAUCUAGUGGCAAACACUAUGGCCAGUUUACUUGCGAGGGGUGCAAAAGCUUCUUCAAACGGAGCGUACGACGGAACCUCACUUACACAUGCCGUGCCAACAGGAAUUGUCCAAUCGACCAACACCACCGCAAUCAGUGUCAGUACUGCCGCCUCAAAAAAUGCCUCAAAGUCGGCAUGAGACGGGAAGUUUCUCUUUUUACUGCAGCCGUGCAAAGGGGACGGGUGCCACCCACACAGCCACACCAUGGUCAGUUCGCCUUGACAAAUGGAGACCCACUGCACUGCCAUUCCUACUUAUCCGGAUAUAUCUCUCUUCUGUUGAGAGCGGAGCCCUACCCGACGUCCCGGUAUGGCAGUCAGUGCAUGCAGCCCAACAACAUAAUGGGCAUCGAGAACAUUUGUGAACUAGCAGCCAGGAUGCUCUUCAGCGCCGUGGAGUGGGCCAGGAAUAUUCCCUUCUUUCCAGACCUUCAGAUCACCGACCAGGUGGCUCUGCUGAGGUUGACGUGGAGUGAGUUAUUUGUGCUCAACGCCGCGCAGUGCUCCAUGCCCCUGCAUGUGGCUCCUCUCCUGGCGGCGGCUGGCCUUCACGCCUCCCCCAUGUCUGCGGACAGAGUGGUGGCCUUUAUGGACCACAUUAGGAUCUUCCAAGAACAAGUGGAAAAGCUCAAAGCUUUGCACGUUGACUCUGCUGAAUAUAGCUGCUUAAAGGCAAUUGUGCUCUUCACCACAGAUGCUUGUGGCCUCUCAGAUGUGGCCCAUGUGGAAAGUUUGCAGGAGAAGUCCCAGUGCGCCCUGGAGGAAUAUGUCCGGAGCCAGUACCCCAACCAGCCAACACGGUUUGGGAAGUUGUUACUCCGCUUGCCUUCCCUCCGCACAGUCUCUUCCUCGGUCAUAGAACAAUUAUUUUUCGUCCGAUUGGUAGGUAAAACCCCAAUUGAAACUCUCAUCAGGGAUAUGUUGCUUUCGGGGAGCAGUUUUAACUGGCCUUACAUGUCAAUUCAGUAAACCAAGAAGGAGACGAACAAACAAAAGGUGGGGUUGGGGGGGCUGCGAGACUACAAUGAUUAUAGCUGCUUUUGUGGAAGGAAUAAAAAACCAACCGGCUGUUACACGGGGCUGGCUUUCAUGAAGAAAGACAUUGACGUAAAUGACUGUGAAUUCCCCCCUACUCCAAAAAAAAUUGAGACAUCCACUGAACUUUCAAAAUGGCAGAUACAAGCUCCCAGUGUUCAUGCAGAACAACCUGCUUCGAUUCAUUUUUUUUAAUGAAAGAAGAAAAUGAGGAAAAAAAGGGAAAGGGAUUUUGUUUGUCCUUAUAAGGAAAAUUUAAGUAUUAAGUGCAUUUAAAAAUGAUGAUUUGGGUAAAAAGAAAAAAAAAACAGGAGAAAGGGAAAAUACGAAACGUGAAUUUUCUUUUCUCUAAUGACUUGUCCUGUGUCCAUGUAUAGCUGUGUUUUGUACUUUCUUUGUUCCUCCUUUCUGGUUUCAAACCGGCCUAUGUGAUUUAUGUAGUACAGGUGGUGUUAUUUUCUAAGACAAUGAUUUAUUUUGAAAAGGUGUAUUAAAAAAAAAAAAAGUUCUAAAAAGAAUUAAAACCACAGCAAUAGGAGUAUAGGCUUAUAAUCUAGGCUUAAUGCUGCAAGCGCAC